UUUUUGAGUCAGACCAGAAGGUUGCAUUGAACCUCAACUCACUGCAAAGGUAUGGAAAGCAGUUGCUUUGACUGGUUUAUUUUAGUUUUGUGUUGGUCAGUAUCUGUGUGGUGAAUGACAGACCAAACACCUGCCCUGUGGAGGGUUAAAUUUACAGGCACGAGAUAUGCUUCCGGAGUCAGGGUUACAGGCUUUGUGUCAGUUCAAUAAAUGUUACCUCAGUGUGUUGCAGCCUGGGGUCUGACUCUGUGAUUGUGAUCAGAAGAGAGGAUCCUGGGGUCUGGCUGCGUGAUUGUGAUCAGAAGAGAGAAACUUUGAAAACAGUCAAUUCCGCUUCCAAGAAGUGCAGUCUGCUGCUCGCUGCUGAUCUCCAGUGAAUACCUGCUGCUGGUCCCACACAGUCCAUAUUGCACAGAUAAUGUACAGACUGCGAUACGUUUUCCAGACCUACCCUUGGGCUGCGAAUGUAGUGACAUACAGCACCCUAUUCGCCGGGGCGGACCUGCUUCAGCAGUGCAUGCUGGGAGACCAGGAGGCGGGACCCCAGGGGGAGGCGGAGCCUGUUUCAAAGGGCAUGGUUGCUGGACAGGAAGCGCUGUGGUCAAGGGUGGACUUCUCUCAAACAGCCAAAGUGGCUCUGAUUGGAUUCUGCUUCCAUGCCAACUUCAAUUUCUAUUGGCUGAGAGCUUUGGAGAGGGGCUUUCCAGGGGGAGGAGCUACAAGCGUCGGGAAAAAAGUUGUUGUUGAUCAACUGGUGGCGGCUCCAGUGACCAUCACUGCCUUUUAUACUGGUUUGAGUGUUCUGGACAGAAAGGAAGAUGUUUUUGAGGAUAUGAGAAAUAAAUUCUGGCCAUCCUACCAGACUGGGCUUGUGUACUGGUCAGCCGUGCAGGCAGUCAACUUCUCCCUCGUUCCCCCUGUCGUACGGACUGCCUUCAUUGGAGGCUGUGCCUUUGUAUGGACCGCUUUCCUGUGCUAUCUCAGGCAGCACGAUACAGACCUCACCCUGCAGGCCUUACGCCGGUCCAUAUCGAACUGUAUCAACCCUGCCAGGGAUGACGGGGCCAAGCUUGAAAAAUAAAACACAGCACCCACUGAGAGCACUGCUGCACAGUGUAUACACACCCUAACCACAGCACACACUGAGAGCAUUGCAGCACAGUGUAUACACACCCUAACCACAGCACACACUGAGAGCAUUGCAGCACAGUGUAUACACACCCUAACCACAGCACACACUGAGAGCAUUGCUGCACAGUGUAUACACACCCUAACCACAGCACACACUGAGAGCAUUGCAGCACAGUGUAUACACACCCUAACCACAGCACACACUGAGAGCAUUGCAGCACAGUGUAUACACACCCUAACCACAGCACACACUGAGAGCAUUGCAGCACAGUGUAUACACACCCUAACCACAGCACACACUGAGAGCAUUGCAGCACAGUGUAUACACACCCUAACCACAGCACACACUGAGAGCAUUGCAGCACAGUGUAUACACACCCUAACCACAGCACACACUGAGAGCAUUGCAGCACAGUGUAUACACACCCUAACCACAGCACACACUGAGAGCAUUGCUGCACAGUGUAUACACACCCUAACCACAGCACACACUGAGAGCAUUGCUGCACAGUGUAUACACACCCUAACCACAGCACACACUGAGAGCAUUGCAGUACAGUGUAUACACACCCUAACCACAGCACACACUGAGAGCAUUGCAGCACAGUGUAUACACACCCUAACCACAGCACACACUGAGAGCAUUGCAGCACAGUGUAUACACACCCUAACCACAGCACACACUGAGAGCAUUGCAGCACAGUGCAGGGUAAUCCUAUUUGUACCUGCUGUAUAAAGGUGCGAGGCUGGCUGUGUCCGGCUCUGGGAAUGUGACAUAAUGUACUUAUCUUUGGGGUGAAUGUUCAUUCUGGUGCAGUAUGUCUGGGUGAGAUGUACGUUGUCGCUCAAUAUGUGGUCCAAAUAUAAGACAUUUUUGCAGAUGAAGUGUUUGUAUAUGUAAAUGGUACUGUUGUUUAAAAAAAAUAAAAAAUCGAAAAUCAAAA